UUUUGUUAGUUCAGGUUGCUUUUAUGGGGUCUACUGCACUGAGCUGGAUUGGUGACCGAUCAACUAGUGAUGUUGUUGUCAGGCUACGAACACAGGAAGGCCGAGAUGAGUGGUUUUACUGUCAUUCUCUCAUCCUGGUAGAGAAGAGCAAAUACUUUGGUGACCGUCUUUCUGAGAACUGGCCUACUUGCCAGAUCAUUGACUCACGGAAUUGUGUUGAAGUGUAUUGCCAAGAGUCAGACUUUGAUCACCAUGUCAAUGUUCUUCGGCUUCUGUAUGUUGCUAUAGAUGCCUCAUCAGAUGAUAUAUGGCAUGGUGUGAAGAAUGCCCUUGGCAUUCUGCGGGUUGCUCUUGGCUCGCCGAAAAUUGUUUCUGGUUGUGUGAAUUUCUUGGAAGCAGUCCCUUGGGAAGAAGCUGAGGAGCAGGAGAUCUUAAGGAUCAUACCACGCAUGGGAUCACAAGCGGAACCAAUUCUUGCCCGUCUCCAACCAGAACCAGUCAAUGAUCUGAAAACAUCUGCACAGGAGCAGCUUGAAUACAUGCUCACAGAAGAUGAUGAUGCCCCUCUAUUAACAGCUGACGAUGAGAUAAAAUCCGUUGUAAAAGAAUGUUUGAAAGGGCUCUUCUCCAGAUUUAACAAACUAUUGGACGAUUUAUUGUGUAAAUCUGUGGAGUCAGUUUCAGAGUCAGGGAGCGUACGAUCACUUCAAUCUUAUUUAUCAGAUAUGUCAUGGGCAUCUCAGAUUGUAAGUAAGUUGGAAAUCAUGUUUGAAUUUGUCUACAGUUGGGUAGAUUCAUCAGAUAAGAUACUUCAGGUUGUUGAGCAAGCAUGCACAGCUGUUGAAAUAAUUGAGAUAAAGUUGAAGGUUAUUGAGGUGGCGGCAAAGGUUUUAGAAUCUAAAGGAUAUGGCACUGUUAUUUUGCCAACUGCAAAACGGCAUCAUAUGGUGAAGGUUUGGCUUCCAUUUGUGAGGGUCACGAAGCCUUUUAUUGAUUCUGUGACAACUAACUAUGAGGAUACUGAGCUUAAGAUUGAUGCCGAGCAGUGGCAGUCCUUGGAAUCCUCGUUUGUUUCAAUAGUUCUUGCAUUACCUUCUGGAGACCAGGCAGAGAUUUUGACUGAAUGGUUGGGAAAUGAGCAUAUUCGCUAUCCGGACUUUACUGAGGCAUUUGAGGUGUGGUGUUACAGGUCCAAGGUUGCCAAGAGAAGACUAGCUGAUAUAAAAGGAAACCAUGAUAUGAUCAACACAAGUUGAUAAUUUCAUAUGACGUUGAUAAUUUCAUAUGACUUCUUUCCAUAGUUUCAUGAGGCAUAGAGUUAGACAGAUCUCACUUAAGCUAGCAUCAAGUAACUCUUUUGUUUCCUUUUAUCUGCAUAUAUUAAACUUGUAAUAGGAAGAAAGUUCCACUGAAACAAGAACUGUACUUGGAUUUAUUCUAGGAUUUUGCAGAUUAUAUAGUUCUAUGAUCCAUUUGAUUGUAAAAACAAUGAUUGUGAAUAUCAAAAAUUCUGGAACAAAUAAAGAAUAGAAGAUGUAUAUUUCUGCGA